UUGUUCAAGGUUUUCAGAGACAAAUUAAAACAUGUCGGAAGCGGACUCGUUUAACAUAUCUGACAGCGGGGACCCUCUGGAGCUUGGUCGGGGGUCGAGCUGUUCCGUUAGAAGUAUGUCCAGGCGAUCCACACCCGUGCUGGCGUCGACACCAAAUAGACGAACACCAUCUCUUAAAGGAAGCGCAAAAUUUAUGAGAUCGUCAUCGUCCUCGAGCCGAGUAGCGGAAGCUGAAAAACUUGCAAUCAAAAAUUUACUUCAAAGUCGUCUGCUGAUCACACAAACCGGAUAUGAAGACGAUGACGAUAUCGAUAUGUUUGGAUAUCAAAAUGGACGUAUGUCACGUGACACAGAUUAUGAAACUGACUUGGAAAUGGACUAUGACGAAUGGAUUGCUGAAGACACCAACGAGCUCAAAGAAGACGCAUCAGAGGAGAAAAAAUACAUACAUAUGUGUAAUCAAACCGGCGAGAUCCCUAUAUCAUAUUUCCUUAGACACCUCAAAGACACGAAGUUCCGCAUGAGAUACCACGGCCUUGGUCCGAUGGGAGCUAAAGCCAUAUCAAUGCCAUUAAAGGACAAUCAUUGUAUUGAAGUGUUGGAUUUGGAAGGCAACUGGAUACAGAAAGAGGGUACCAUGUAUCUUACAGAAAUGAUCAAGGAAAAUAUGAAUCUUACGGAAGUUAAUAUAGCCGAAAAUCGAUUAGGUCGAGAUGGGGCGGACGCAAUAUGUGAAAUGUUAUACAAAAAUGAAUCUUUAAAAUCACUGAAUAUGUCAGGUAAUGAGCUUCAUGAUUAUGGUGCAUCAGCCAUUUGUGAUAUGCUAAAGAAGAACACAACUUUAAGACAUUUAUAUCUCAGCAACAAUAAAUUCGAAGAGAGAGCGGCUCAGUCUUUCAAGGAAGCUUUGAGUCACAACGAAACUCUCUUAACGUUAGACAUAAGCUGGAAUCACUUUAGAACAAACGGUGCUGUGGCCUUAGCGGAAGGUGUUCAGGAAAACUACGGGUUAAAGAGUUUCAAUGUUUCAAUGAAUGGAUUCAGUGAAAUGGGUGCAGAAGCACUUGGAAGAGCGCUGAAACAUAAUCGGGGCCUCACAGAACUUGACGUAAGCCACAACAGAAUAGCGGAACAUGGUGCUGGUCAUAUCGCACUUGGCCUACAGACAAAUGAUGUCCUUAAAGUACUCAAGAUUGGAUUUAAUCCAGUGGGUGAAGAUGGUGCUAUGGCUUUGAUAAUGUCAAUUUCUAAAAACGAUCAAAGCGGAAUGACAAGACUUGAUUUAUCGGACAUAUUUGUGUCCAAGGACUUCAAGGCGGUGCAAAACAAGCUUGAGUCAGAGCGUGCAUUCACUGUCAUCCAUGCAGGUGUUAUAAUGGACAAAGACGAGAAGAAGCAAGGAGGGGAGAAAGAGAUCCUGGAAACAUUCCGCAGGAACCCGUAUGAGAAACUGAAGAAAUACGUGAAGGCAUCGGGGUAUAGACUUAUCGACCUCUUUAAAGACUUUGAUAAAGAUGGGAGCGAUACGAUAACGAAAGAAGAAUUUAUUAGAGGUCUUGAGUUGGCGGGUGUUGAGAUAACGAAGAGUGAAAUAAUCCAGAUUAUUGACCAGUUAGAUAUAAACGGAGAUGGAAUGAUUGAUUACUAUGAGCUCGUUAUUGGUGAUAAGGAAUACCGGAAGUCAUUGGUAGAAGCGGAACAGUGCCCGGAUGACCGCAAGGUCCAGAGAGACCACAACAGAAUACAGAGGGAAAGAUCUUUGUUUAUGGAUGAUAUCAUCAACGGUUGAAAUAUAUUUUUAUAAAAAGGCGAUCGUUUUUCUUUAGGGCUGAUAUUCGUAACGAUUGAAAUUAAGAUAAUAAAAUAUAGACAGUAUAGAUUAGGAUAUUGAGUGAACGGAUGGGAACUUGGUAAUUAAAUAUGUUAUUUUUUCCGGGAUUUUGACAUUUUGGAAAUGUUCGUUUUUAUAAACUUACGAUAUACACAGGACUGGACAGUACUAGUGUUGCUUAACAUUGUUCUAUAAUCGGGUAAAUGGUAUAUAUAACUAACCAGUCCAAACAUGGGUGGUUCUCAGUGCUACUUGUUUUGUUCAUAAAAUUUCAUUUGUUUUGCUAUUUACCGGUGCACAGUUAUAUUGUGUGAUCAUUUCACACGUGUAUUUUGCAUAAUA